UCCAAUUAUCGUUGCGUGCAACCCACGAAGAAAACAGCACGGAAGGGUAUAAAUCACGUCGGAGUCCGUUUCCACAUCACCGUCUUCACAUUCCCCAAACGCGACUUUUGAAUCUACCCAUCUCGGAAACUUUGCGAACGAAAGAUGUCGGCUCCUUGCGAAACCUGUGGUAGUAAGGGCAUUCCAGGCAGGCCGUGCCCUACUUGCGGCCAUCCACCAAGCUCCUAAAGCGGAAUUUACUGGGAGAUUAUGAGCGUCUGGGAGGUGUUGGAACAUGCUGGAGAUUGUGCAGAUCUAGCUGAGUGCUAUCAUUGCAAAAUGUAUCAAUUCGGGGCUUUGAAAACCCGCCAAUGGCUCGAUAAUAUGCCUUCUCUCUUUGAGGAAGUGAGGGACACCGACAAUUUCAUCACGAGUAGAAAAGGUCUGCUUGAUGUCUGCCAACCUCAUCAGAUCCAUAGCAAUCUCGAAUGA